GAAAUUUGUGUCACUGGAUAAACCUAGAAGUAGCAGGGAAGGGGGGAGCAAAAAAUCACGCAAGUUUAAUUAGCGUUCUAGGGUUUUGACUCUGCCUUCACUUUACCAAAAUUAGUAGCAUGCACGCACAAUCUUUGUUCAUUUGAAGUUGCAUGGUUUUGGGUGGAGGAAAUAGGGAUAGAGAAAAACGCUGAAAGGUUCGAUUCCGAUGGAUUAUCAUCUCUCUCAACACUCUCCAUUGGAAUUGGAGUCUCACUCCUUUAAUGUUGAUGCCAACGAUGAUCUGCAAAGCACCGUAAAGCCCUCCUUCAAUCGACGCGAGUCCUCUUUAGGAAAACUCUUCGUUGGAGGCAUAUCUUGGGAGACUUCUGAAGAGUCAUUUUUUAAAUACUUCAACAAAUAUGGAGAAGUAAUAGAUUCAGUGAUAAUGAUGAAUAGACAUUCUGGACGACCACGGGGGUUUGGCUUUGUAACAUUUGCUGAUUCAGCUGUAGCAGAUGAAGUUCUGGCACACGAACAUACUAUAGAUGGCAGAGUGGUUGAAGUCAAGAGGACAGUCCCUAGGGAGGACAUGGAAGUUGUUGGAGUAUUAAAAACAAAAAAGAUAUUUGUCGGUGGGAUACCCCAGUUUUUCACUGAUGAUGAGUUAAGGGAGUACUUUUCUCCUUAUGGUAAUAUUGUUGAGUGCCAAAUCAUGCUAGAUCACAAGACUGGGAGAUCUAGAGGCUUUGGAUUUGUCACUUUUGACAGUGAAGAUUCGGUUGAUAAUGUUUUUUCAGUGGGAAAAAUACAUGAAAUUGGAGGCAAGCAGGUUGAGAUUAAGAGAGCUGAGCCCAAAAGAUCUGGAUUUGAUUACAGCAGCACCUCACGAAAGUCAUAUGGUGGUUUUGGCAGUGGUAUGGAUGGAUAUGGUGGAAAUAAUUCUAGAAUUCAUAACCAUGGAAAAAGGGGCGGACAGUAUACAGAUUCUGGAAUGAACGAAGCAUAUAGCCAUUUCGAGGGGAGUUACAAUGGAAGCUCUACCGCUGCUUAUGGUGGCUAUUGUGGAUAUGGUUAUGGAUUUGGAUAUGGUGGGCCAAUGUAUUGCUUUGGUGGUUAUGGAGUCAAUUCUUAUGGUAAUCCUGGUGGUUAUGGAAUUGGUGGUAUUACUGCCUAUGGACUUGGUAAUGCAUAUGGAAGAACUGCUGGUUUCAAUCGUGCUGGUGGCUAUGACAGUGGAAAAGUGGCUGAGAAGGAUGAUGGUACUGCUGGUAGGUACCAUCCUUAUUGGAAGUGAUUUGCUUUCCAGAAUCAGCAUACUGGACUCUUCCAGCAAAAGGUAUGUGCUACAAAAGCAGUACCACCCUCAGGUUUGCUUGAGAUAUCAUUCUGAUCUGGAGUUGGAAAACGGAAAGUAUACAUGUUGUAUCUAAUAGAUCUAGCAAAACUUUCUUGAAUUUCUUUGAUAAAGGCUGAGCGGAUUUCUAGAAUUGUGAGUGUCAUAUAAUGAAAGAUUCUUAGACGCUGGUGCAUUGGCUACUAAAUCGCUUAUACACUUAAAUUUCUCACUGCAACUACUGUGUUAAGUCUUAGGUUUAUUGUAAAUCCUCAAGGUGGACAAAGAUAUACCGAGGGCAAGACGGGAUGAUCAUUAUUAAUUUAAACUAGGUUUUAAAGAAAAUUGUUCGAUAGGAGUUAAUUCAGGAGUAAGAUCAAUUUUAUCUUUGUAUAUAUUGAAUGCUUUUCGAAUUGUGUUUUUAUAUUUUGGUUAAAAUAUUUGCAUAUUUCU